GUGCAAGCAAGGGCGGCGUUGAGCGUGCCUUCCUCGUCGUAGAGCAUGCUCUGGCCAAUCGGCGAAUCGGCGGCAAACUUUCGACGACUGUCGACUGCAUCACCAUCCUGACGCCUCAUCGCCCACCACGACUCGCCCGCCACAAUCCUCCCACUCGCCCUCCGCCCACAUCCACAAUGGCCGCGCCCGACCCAAAGGAAGCAUGGCAGCGCAUCCAGAAUGAGCUCACUCGCCGCACCUCGCGCUUCGGCGGCGCCGGCGGUGGCCCGCCUAAAGGCACAGCAGGCGGCAUCGCGGGCCUUGUGCUGCUCGGCGGCGGUCUCUGGCUGGCCAACAACGCGCUGUUCAACGUCGACGGAGGUCACCGCGCGAUCAAGUACACCCGUCUCGGCGGCGUGAAGAAGGAGAUCUACAACGAAGGCACGCACUUCAACGUCCCGUGGUUCGAGACACCCAUCACCUACGACGUGCGCGCGAAGCCGAGGAACGUCGCCAGCUUGACGGGCACCAAGGACUUGCAGAUGGUCAACAUUACCUGCAGAGUGCUCAGCAGGCCGCGUGUCGACGCCCUGCCGCAGAUCUACCGGACGCUGGGAACAGACUACGACGAGCGCGUGCUGCCGUCCAUUGUCAACGAGGUGCUGAAGAGCGUCGUCGCCCAGUUCAAUGCCUCGCAGCUCAUCACCCAGCGCGAGAACGUCUCGCGCCUGGUCCGCGACAACCUCGUCCGGAGAGCCGCGCGCUUCAACAUCAUGCUGGAUGAUGUCUCCCUCACACACCUCGCCUUCUCGCCCGAAUUCACCGCCGCCGUCGAGGCCAAGCAAGUCGCCCAGCAAGAAGCCCAGCGCGCCGCCUUCGUCGUCGACAAGGCCCGGCAAGAGAAGCAGGCCACCGUCGUGCGCGCCCAGGGUGAGGCCCGCUCCGCCGAGCUGAUCGGAGACGCCAUCAAGAAGAGCAGGACAUACGUCGACCUGAGGGAGUUCGAGAACGCCCGCAACAUUGCCCAGAUCCUGCAGCAGUCGGCCAACAAGGUCUAUCUCGACUCGAACGGCCUCGGCCUCAAUGUCAGCCAGACGACGAGCGACAAGGAGAAGCGCGCAAAGCAGUGAGCGGGUGUGGUUCAGGGAGCGUGUACUGUAUAAUUACGAAAAGCGAGAAGCGCGGCUGCAAGCGGGAGGAGGUAGCUUUCCACUCAUGU